UGCUAGAGAGAGAAAGAGAGAGAGAGAGAAGGGAAGAGGUGCCAGAGGGAGGAGGGCAUGUAGACAUAAAGUGAGAGAGAGAAGCCAAGUCAUUAGCUUGGAAACGUGGACAGGUAGUGAGAGGGUGUGAAUGAAAGAGGAUUUAUUUUGAAGUGUAGCAGACUGCUGGUGGAUGACUGAACCAGUUGACAGUGGAGUGGACUGACUAACUUUCUGAGUGAGAUUUCAGAGAGAGGGAAGAGAGGAGAGAGAAAGGGUUGCUCUGGAGUGAAGAAAAUUUGCACUCUACACAAAGAAAGAGAGAGAGUGAGGGAAGAGGAAAUAGGGACGGGGGAAGAGUUAGGUACACGGAAAUAAACAGGAGAGAGAGAGAGAGAGAGGUGUAGAGAAAAGUGUUCGGAGCCUAACAGUGAAUGUUCUAUCUUUCCCUAACAGCAGUGAGUGUUUUUAGAUGGAGGAAUAUAAGGUGACAGUUGCUACAGGCACAUCAGAGUAUUCCGGCACCAAUAACUACAUAUAUGUCACCCUGGUUGGAGAGAAUGGACAGAGUGAGAGAACAAUCCUGGACAACCCUGGACUGGACUUCUGUAGAGGAGCGGUGGAUGAGUACAAGGUGUGUAGCCCAGCCCCUCUGGGUCCUCUCCUCCUGGUUCGUCUGGAGAAGCAGCGUUACUGGGUAGAGGAUAACUGGUUCUGUCGCUAUGUCACUGUGGAGCCACCAGGUGGUGGUAUAGCCCUCACCUUCCCCUGCUACCGCUGGCUCAUAGGAGACGUCAAGGUGGAGAUACGAGAAGGCACAGCGAAGAGACUCUGUGACGAUACCUCUCUUCAGCUAUUGGCUCACAGAAAAGCAGAACUGCAGGAGAGACAAACUAUAUACAGAUGGACUGCAUGGGCUUCUGGGAUUCCCAAGUGUAUCGAUGCCAAGACCGAAGCAGACCUGCAUCAGGACGUACGUUUUGACAGCGAGAAAAGGAGCGACUUUGAGGGUUCCUUACACUAUGCUAUUCUAGAGCUGUCUCUGAAGAAACUAGCCAUCAGGUUUGGAAAGUCAUGGGAUGAUCUGGAGGACUUUAAACGAUGCUUCUGGAAACUCAAAAGCCCCAUAGCUGAGUACUGUAUGGAGCACUGGAAGGAAGAUUGGUUCUUUGGGUACCAGUGUCUGAAUGGUUCAAACCCCCGCAUGAUCCAGCGCUGCAAGGAGCUUCCAGGAAACUUCCCCGUUUCUGGGGACAUGGUGCAGGGGUCGCUGGCACCCAGGACCACCCUGGACAAGGAGCUCAAGGCUGGUAACAUCUACUUGAUUGACUAUGCCAUUAUGGAUGGUGUUCCCACCAAUGUAAUCAGGGGGAAACCACAGUACAUCGCUGCACCUCUGUGUCUACUAUAUGAGCACCCUGACCAGGGACUCAUACCCAUUGCCAUACAGCUAGGACAGACUCCUGGCUUGGACACCCCCAUCUUCCUGCCUAAUGACCCCCCCCUGGCCUGGCUAUUGGCUAAGAUUUGGGUCCGUCACUCAGAGUUCCAGGUGUUCCAGUUGCUGUCACACCUGUUGAGAACGCACCUGUUGGUAGAAGUGUUCUGUGUGGCUACGUUACGUCAACUUCCCGCUGUACACCCUGUAUACAAGCUCCUGGCUCCCCACCUGCGCUACACUCUGGAGAUCAACUGCAGGGGACGGACUCAGCUCGUCUCCGCUGACGGCAUCUUCAAAAGGGUGGUGUCUACAGGAGGGGAGGGCCUGCUCGUCCUGUCCCAGAGAGAGUACAAGGUCCUGACCUACCGCUCUCUCCAGCCCUGCUGGGACUUCCAACAGCGCGGAGCCACCACGCUCAAAGACUACUUCUACAGGGAGCAUAGCCUCAUGCUGUGGGACGCCAUACACAGUUUUGUCUCAGGGAUGAUAUCUGUGUACUACCAAUGUGACAGUGAUGUGGUGGAGGACCCUGAGCUACAGACCUGGAUAAAGGACAUCGCUGAGGAGGGCUUUGUCGAUGUCCCCACGUUUGGCUUGUCCAACGAACUCAAAAACAAAGCAGAGCUGGUUACCUUGCUGAGUGUAGCCAUCUUCACGAGCACAGCACAGCACGCAGCCACCAACAAUGGACAGUUUGACUGGUGUGCUUGGGUACCCAACACCCCGUGCACCAUGCGUCACCCCACGCCAACCGACAAGGAUGCUGUUACCAUGGAGAUGAUAAUGGACAGCCUGCCUGAUGUCAGCCAAACGUGUUUGGAGAUGGCGAUCACAUGGCACCUGGGGCGGCCACAACCUGAUGCAGUCCCAUUGGGUCAGUAUCCAGAGCAGUACUUCACUGAGCCCCAGGCCCAGGAGGUGAUUGACAGGUUCAGAAAGGAACUGAAGGAUAUAGAGGAACACAUCCUGAGCCAGAACCAGGGACUGGAGCUACCUUACCUCUUCCUCCUGCCCAGUCGCAUCGAGAACAGCAUUACUAUAUAGAUUAGACCCCAAUGUCUUAUCAUCAUUACUUUUUUACUAACUGAGGAGCAGGGCCGGACAAUCGCAUUUGGGGCCCCGGGGCCCUGCUGAGGAGCAUCCCACUGGGCACAGACAUCAAUUCAACUUCUAGUUUUGAUAUACAGUUCCAGUCAGAAGUUUGGACACACCUACUCAUUCAAGGGCUUUUCUUUACUUUGACUAUUUUCUACAUUGUAGAAUAAUAGUAAAUACAUAAAAACUAUGAAAUAACACAUAUGGAUUCAUGUAGUAACCAACAAAGUGUUAAACAAAUUCUUCAAAGUAGCAACCCUUUGCCUUGAUGACAGCUUUGCACACUCUUGGCAUUCUCUCAACCAGCUUCAUAAGGUAGUCACCUGGGAUGCAUUUCAAUUAACAGGUGUACCUUCUUAAAAGUUAAUCUGUGGAAUUUCUAUCUUUCUUAAUGUGUUUGAGACAAUCAGUUGUGUUGUGACAAGGUAUGGGUGGUAUACAGAAGGUAGCUCUAUUUGGUAAAAGACUAAUUCCAUAUUAUGGCAAGAACAGCUUAAAUAAGCAAAGAGAAACGGCAUAAAGGUCAGUCCAAGAGCAGUCGCAAAAACCAUCAAGCGCAUGAAACUGGCUCUCAUGAGGACCGCCACAGGAAAGGAAGACACACAGUUACACAGUUACCUCUGCUGCAGAGGAUACGUUCAUUAGAGUUACCAGCGUCAGAAAUUGCAGCCCAAAUAAAUGCUUCAGAGUUCAAGUAACAGAUGCAUCUCAACAGCAACUGUUCAGAGGAGACUGCGUGAAUCAGGCCUUCAUGGUCGAUUUUACUACCAAACGAAUACACCACUAUAGGACACCAAUGAGAAGUAGAGACUUGCUUGGGCCAAGAAACACAAGCAAUGGACAUUAAGACCAGUGGAAAUCUGUCCUUUGGUCUGAUGAGUCCAAAUUUGAGAUUUUUGGUUCCAACCUCCAUGUCUUUGUGAGACGCAGAGUAGGUGAAUGGAUGAUCUCCGCAUGUGUGGUUCCCACCAUGAAGCAUGGAGGAGUGAUGGUGUGGGGGUGCUUUACUGGUGACACUGUCUGUGAUUUAUUUAGAAUUCAAGGCACAUUUAACCAGCAUGGCUACCACAGCAUACUGCAGCUAUACACCAUCCCAUCUGGUUUGUGCUUAGUGGGACUAUAAUUUGUUUACCAGGACAAUGAUCCAAAACACACCUCCAGGCUUUGUAUGGGCUAUUUGACCAAGAAUGAGAUUGAUGGAGUGGUGCAUCAGAUAACCGGGCCUCCACAAACACCCGACCUCAACCCAAUUACGAUGGUUUAGGAUGAGUUGGAGUGAAGAAAAAGCAGCCAACAAGUGCUCAGCAUAUGUGGGAACUCCUUCAAGGCUGUUGGAAAAGCAUUCCUCAUGAAACUGGUUGAGAGAAUGUCAAGAGUGUGUCAAGAGUGUGUAAAGCUAUCAAGGCAAAGGGUGGCUAAUUUGAAGAAUCUCAUAAAACAUAUUGAUUUAUUUAACACUUGUUUUUGGUUACUACAAGAUUUCAUGUGUUAUUUCAUAGUGUUGAUGUCUUCACUAUUAUUCUACAAUGUAGAAAAUAGUAAAAAAAAUAAAGAAAAACCCUUGAAUGAAUAGGUGUGUGCAAACUUUUGACUGGUUAUGUACAUUGGUUGAGUUCUCAACUAACGUGAAAUCAACAACAAAAAUUCACCAUGUCAUUGGAGUUAGGUUAAAAGUUGGGUGAAAAAAAGACUAAAUGCUGUUACAUUGAUCGCUUUUUGCAAAUCCAAUUCGUUUUCCACGUCAUCACAUUGAUUUUGGGGGUUGAAAUUAUGUGGAAACAACAUUGAUUCAAUGUUUUUGCCCAGGGAUAGGCCAUCAACUAUAGUUCUCCAGCAAACACUGCCUGAACCUUUAUCUCAGUUAACCCAGAACUAAAAUCCAGAUUAUGCACCAGGACUAAGGGAGCAGUUGAAAUCGGUGAGGGGGAUACAUUUUGGGGGGAUUCUUGUAUUGGAAUUAUAUUGAAUUCUGCUUAUAUAUAAUUACUCUAUACCACAAUAAACAAAGUUCAAAUGCAGA